AUUAAAGGUGAGACUAAACCGUUCAAAAUGAGGAGCUGCAUUUCCGUGUUUAUCGCGUUAUUCGUUUCCAACUGUUUUUUGCUGGAAGUCUCGAGCCAAUGGCCUAGCAGGAAAAGCUUUGCAUUUAAGAAGUUUAAGAAAUUUUCCUGGGACAACUGUGGAAAGCCAGAUGCCCCCAUAUUUGUGAAGACGCUACAUGUGUAUCCAAACCCAAUUCCUUCACCGGGAUAUGUAUUAGCACCUGCAUCGGCCACCACAUCAAUAGAUCUGCUCUCUCCUUUGCCUGUGAACUUGACACUGGAAAGAGAAGUUGAUGGUGCAUGGGUAAAAAUACCUUGUGUUGAUGACCUAGGAAGUUGUUAUUACCCUGAUGCCUGUGACUGGUUGGUUGAGUUCUUUAUGGCAAUCACAGGACUCUGUCCUCCUGGCGUUCCUAUACGUCCCUGCAGCUGCCCGCUCAAAGCUGGUGACUACGUUUGGCCAUCGACUGGUACCUACAUCCCAAAUUUUUCACUCUCUGACAGACUGACUCAUUUCAGAUUGCAGAUCAUUUUAGGGAACUCUGAAAAAGAACUGGGAUGCCUUAAAGUCAAUUUCUCAGUGGCAUCAGUACUACACCAACACAAUGAAAUGUAGUAAUUGCUGUCCUACAGCAGUCUGCUCCGGUCCUGGCUUUUUGGAAAGUGACAAAAGAGACAAAUGUUAACAGAACAGAAUGUCAUAAACAGAGAGCCUGCUGGAAGUCAUUUGGCACUUAAAGGGAUAGUUCACCCAAAAAUGAGAAUGAUCCCAUG